AUUAACGAAGUGUGACAUUUUCACAAUUUGCCUGCUACAGGGGUUGGGGAAGAGGGAAAAAACGGAGGGGGGGGCAAAAAGGAAAAAAAAAAUAAUAAUAAAAAAGUAGAUUUCCCGUCCUUUUAGACUACACCAGCUAUGCUCCGGGUUAGAAUGAUGUUAGGUUAACUUUUUUUUUUUUUUUUUUUUUUUUUUUUUUGGAGAGAAAACGAAAGGAAGGGAGGGGGGACACCAUAGCACUAUUCGGUCACACUGACUUAAAGAUCGGAGAGAGCGCGCGCCUAACAGCUAAUUUUCUGCAAGGGUUGCAGUCUUUUUUUUUUCCCCCCCUCUCUCUCCUUUGAUCGGGGUAAUCGCCAUGAAUAAGCUGUAUAUCGGUAAUUUGACGGAAGACGCGAGUCCAGUGGAGUUAGAAAGUCUCUUCAAAGAAUGGAAGAUCCCUUUCAGCGGCCAGUUUCUUGUUAAAACUGGUUACGCGUUUGUAGACUGCCCAGACGAGAAUUGGGCAAUGAAGGCCAUCGAUAAACUCUCAGGUAAAGUGGAGCUUCAUGGAAAACUAUUAGAAGUGGAGCAUUCUGUCCCAAAGAGACAAAGGAGUCGCAAAAUUCAGAUCCGAAACAUUCCUCCACACCUGCAGUGGGAGGUUUUGGAUAGUUUGUUAGCGCAAUAUGGCUCAGUGGAAACCUGUGAACAAGUGAACACGGAGACAGAGACCGCUGUUGUCAAUGUAACCUAUGCUGCUAAGGACCAAACCAGACAAGCAAUUGAAAAGUUAAAUGGAUAUCAGCUAGAAAACUACUCCUUGAAGGUUACCUAUAUUCCUGAUGAAAUGGCUACACAGCAACCCACUCCACAACAUCCCCAGGGAGCAAGACGUACAUUUGGUCAAAGGGGUCCACCUCGUCAAGGCUCACCUGGCACUACCAGUCGACCCAAACAGCAGUCAGAUGUACCUCUACGUAUGCUGGUUCCAACCCAAUUUGUGGGUGCUAUCAUUGGAAAAGAAGGAGCUACUAUCCGGAACAUCACAAAACAAACACAGUCCAAGAUUGAUAUACAUCGAAAAGAAAAUGCUGGUGCCGCAGAAAAACCAAUUACCAUCCAUUCUACACCAGAAGGUUGUUCAGCAGCUUGCAAAACAAUACUGGAGAUCAUGCAAAAAGAAGCUCAGGACACAAAAUUCACUGAAGAAAUUCCUUUGAAAAUUCUGGCACACAAUAAUUUUGUUGGAAGACUCAUUGGAAAAGAAGGAAGAAAUCUAAAGAAGAUCGAACAAGACACCGACACAAAAAUCACCAUUUCUCCUUUGCAGGACCUCACUCUUUAUAAUCCAGAAAGAACGAUCACAGUAAAGGGUAGCAUAGAGGCUUGUGGAAAGGCAGAAGAAGAAGUAAUGAAGAAAAUAAGAGAAUCUUAUGAAAAUGAUAUGGCUGCUAUGAAUCUUCAAGCUCAUUUAAUCCCGGGUCUCAACUUGAAUGCCCUUGGACUGUUUCCAUCCUCCUCACCUGGAAUGGCUCCUUCAACGAUUCCGGCUGCCCCUACUGGUGCUACUCCAUAUACAUCAUUUGGGCAGCACCCAGAGUCCGAGACUGUACAUUUGUUCAUUCCGGCCUUGGCAGUAGGAGCCAUUAUUGGAAAACAGGGACAACACAUCAAGCAACUUUCCCGGUUUGCAGGCGCCUCAAUAAAGAUUGCACCUGCGGAAGGACCAGAUGCCAAACAGAGAAUGGUGAUAGUUACAGGGCCUCCAGAAGCCCAGUUUAAGGCUCAAGGGAGAAUAUUUGGAAAAUUGAAAGAGGAGAAUUUCUUUGGACCCAAAGAAGAAGUAAAACUGGAAGCACAUAUAAAAGUACCAUCUUAUGCAGCUGGAAGAGUUAUUGGCAAAGGAGGAAAAACUGUGAAUGAACUGCAAAAUCUAACCAGUGCAGAAGUAGUAGUGCCAAGAGACCAGACACCAGAUGAAAAUGACCAAGUGAUAGUAAAAAUAACUGGACAUUUCUAUGCAAGUCAGCUUGCACAACGAAAAAUACAGGAAAUCUUAUUGCAAGUGAAGAGGCAACAGCAGCAGAAAGCCCCCCCGAGUGGGCAACCUCAACCAAGGAGAAAAUAAACACUGCAAAGUUAGGAAAACUGAGGACCCCGGCCCAAGACGGAGGCAGAUGCCAGACCAAAGAGUUGGACUGUUGCUAGCAGGGAGCAGCACACACUCUUGUCCUAAUUGAAUGACAAACUUGCUCUCCUGUCAAGGACCAUCAGCUUUGUUUUAAUUUUUUUUUUUUUUUUUUGAAAUCCAGCUUUAAGAACUGUUGGACCCCCAUCACUUCCCUUGUUUAUAUUCUAUGCUCAUUUGUCAGCCCUGCUGGUGUGUUUUUUGUUUUGUUUGUUUUUUGUUUUGUUUUUUUUAUAAUUCCCAUCUUCAUUUAUUUGGGUUAAUGAAGCUUUCUCUUGUGAAAGUUUUUCCCCGCACAUUAGAAGGCGUUGCUUUGCAUGAUCUGCUUGCUUCGGAAGAUUUAACAGGUUUGGAGUGGGAAUGAAAAGGUCUCUUUUAAUGCGGGAAAUUACUCGAGAAAAGCAGAGACUUGGCUCAUCCAAGUAGUUAGUGGCAUUUUAUAAAUCUGGAUACAUUUUAUAGGAGACACUGCCAUAAAAACUUAAAGGGAAGUGUUGAAUGGUGUUGGCCAGGAAAUGAAAUUUAUUAUGCAUUUUACUAAACUACCUCAGGCCUUUAGUACCUCAGCGAAAAGAUUUUUUUGGUAUUUUGUAUACUUUAUAAAGCUAAUUCUUGAGCAUUUUAUUUUUUUAAUAAAAGAAAAAAUGUAAAAAUGUAUUCACCCAUCAGUAAGUGCCUUCAACUAUAGUAUGCAGCAAAAACUGAAUAGUUGCAGUGCUCUUUGCUGAUGGCUGAGUAUUACUGAUAUUGCCUCAGAUUUCCUGAGGUCUUCAGCACCAUCAAGUGAAGAGACCACAAAAACCUUUCAUAGUUACCGAGUAAUGCCGACAUAACUAACAGAAGCAAUGCCAUUUAUCCAUUUUGUUGAGGGAAGAUUUUAAGGUUUCAAGGUACUUUUUAGGGAGGGGGGUGGGAGGAGAAUGCAGAAAACAGUGAUGGAAAGAACCUUUAAAAGUUUAUUCAACCUCUUGUGCACAUAGAUAAAGAAGGUGUGGACUCUAAUUGGCUAUUGCUGUUGUCAAAGUGUUCUUCACAGCCCACAUGGACCUUGCGGUGAGAUCCAAAGAGCAAGCUUCAUGCUCAGUUUAUGAAAUAAACCUGUUGACCAGCACCACACUUGUAAAUGGGCUUGUCAGACGGAUUAUCUCCUCAGAUAUGAUUUUGGUUAUCAGUAACUUAAUGGGUUUGGGGAGGGGGGGGGGGGGGAGAUUAACUUGUAGUUGUGGUGUCCCAGAAGUACAUCGAGUUUGCAGAAUUUAAUUUUAGAUAAAACAGGCUUAAUGCACACAUGCAAACAAAAUACUACCGGCCCAUCUGGGAAGAAACUAGGAGCAAAUGUCCUUGUAUGUCCAUCAGCAUCCCUGUUCCCAUUUGCUGGGCUUUCUCAAAUGUAAAUUUGAUUGUGGUAACGUUCAUAAGUUAUGAGUUCAUGCUUUUACAGUAAAAGCGUCAGUCUACCUCAGUUUUCAAAUUGUGAUCAUGCAGGACUUGUGCAGACAGACUGCCUCGGGUUUGGUUUUGGGUUUUUUUUUUUUUUUUUGCAGAGCCGUGCAAUUACCUCCUAAACCUUAUUUGGUUUCAUUGUUUUUGACUAUUUUGUGCAUGACUUAGGAAUUCUCGUGCUGCACUGAUUUUUAAGGGGCACAAUUUUGCAAAACCAUUUUUUUAUCUACCUCUUAAACAUAAUACAGGCAUUUCUACUUGUUAGAACUUAGUUUUUCUCCCCAUCUACCCAAAAACGGUAUGCAAAUUAGACCAUUUAGUUUUUUUACCUGCAUUUUAUAUUUUACUGAAUGAUUUGAAUUCUGGUGUAUAACUUUAGCAAAAAAAUAAACUGCCAGAGAAGGCAGUCUUCAUAGUUUAGACAAAUGGCUUUUUUCUUGCUUAGUUUUAUUAAAAGGUCAAUGAACUUCUGAAUUGUUUAAGGCUGUGACAGGCCUUUUUUUCCCCCUGUAAUAUCUGCCUUUUUGUUUCCAUCCCCUUUACUUUCUGGUCAUAUAGGUGCUGUACUUAUCUGCUUUUUAUUUGAAAUGGACAUUACUAGAAUAUAAGAGGAAAUCAGGUUUUUUUUUUUUUUCCCCUCUUCAAAUAACGUGACUGAUUGGAAUAUUUGUUGGAAAAAUACUGUAAUUAAGUUUGGACAGCAAAGCUUGGAUAGUUUUCAACCUAGACUGUGCCCCUCAUGCAGCUCCACUUGUCAAAUGCCUCCGAGUAAAAUAAAGACAAAUCCAACACAAUGAAA